CAAGUAGAAGAUAAAACUGCAGCACAAAUAAAGUAAGAUUAGAUGACAGCGGAUACGCGCAUUUUCUUUUUCUUGAAAAAGCUCGCCCUUUCUUUCUUCAUCCCUCUCUCUUCAACAUUCACAAAUUCCGAUUCUCUCUCAGCUCUUUGGUUCCUGAGAAACCGAAGGAAAGUUUGAUUUCUCUAGUGGUCUUGGUUCUUGUAUCCGGAUCAAUAGUUGAAAAUGCCGGAUAUCCAGUUGGGUGCUCACACUGUAAAAUCCCAUGGAAUCCAAAUUGCGAGGACACAUAUGCAUGACUGGUUAAUUCUAUUGCUUCUCGUGGUUAUUGAGGUCGUUUUGAACGUUAUAGAACCAUUUCACCGCUUUGUUGGAAAGGAUAUGCUGACAGACCUGUCAUACCCACUGCAGGACAAUACUGUUCCUAUUUGGGCUGUUCCAAUUGUUGCAAUAUUGCUGCCCAUGGCUAUCAUUCUCGUGUAUUAUUUCAUAAGAAGGAAUGUCUACGAUAUGCACCAUGCCAUUCUGGGCCUUCUGUUUUCUGUGCUUAUCACCGGAGUUAUAACUGAUGCAAUUAAAGAUGCUGUUGGUCGACCUCGUCCAGACUUCUUUUGGCGAUGUUUCCCUGAUGGAAAAGGGGUGUUUCACCCUGUCACAAGCGAUGUUAUGUGUACUGGAGUGAAGAGUGUCAUCAAGGAAGGUCAUAAAAGCUUCCCAAGUGGACAUACUUCUUGGUCCUUUGCAGGUCUUGGGUUCCUGGCCUUGUACUUGUCUGGGAAAGUCAGAGUGUUUGACCGCAGGGGCCAUGUUGCAAAGCUUUGUAUUGUUUUCCUUCCAUUGCUAGUUGCUGCUUUGGUAGCAGUUUCUCGGGUUGAUGACUACUGGCAUCAUUGGCAAGAUGUAUUUGCUGGGGCCCUUAUAGGGCUAACAGUUGCUUCAUUUUGCUACUUGCAAUUCUUCCCACCCCCAUAUGAUGUCGAUGGCUGGGGACCUCACGCAUAUUUCCAGAUGUUGGCAGAGUCUCGAAAUGGAGCUGAGUCAUCCAAUAACAUCAACUGUUUCAACGUGCUGCAAUCAGAACUUGAGAGUGUCUAUAUUGAUUCUCAACAUGGAACUGAAACUUCAAGAGUCAAUACUCGGGACACUAGGCCAAUGCUGGAGGGAGCAUAGAGUGAGAGGAGGCACUAGCUUCAGACUUUGAUUGUAAAGUAAGUAGGGAUAGCACCCGUCCGAAGAGUGUCAGGUUCAAUGUUUCAGUGUUAGAGCUCUGGCUUUCCAUAUCCUAAACUAGUUUGUUUGAUUCUGAUUUUGGUUCAACUCUCAGCAACACCCCCUUGUUUCGUUGAACGGCAUCGUUUAGAUGUACAUGGCUUGUGUUAUGUUCGGCAAGAGAAUUCCUUUAUUUUUUCCCUC